CGGCAGGGGGCGGCGCAGCGGGUGGCGGAGGAGCGGCGGUCGCAUGCAACAGUGCCAGGCACCGGCGGGGGGAGCCGCGGCUGGGGCUAGAGACUCCCCCCGGCGCGCAGGAGGGAGCCCUCGGCGGGAGAGACCAGAAACAUCAGUCAGUUUCAAAUAGCAUCUUAUUAGGGAUCUGAGGAAGAACAUACAGUGUAGGACCGAUUUGUGAGCAGAAUACAUCAAUGGUGAAAGUUGUGACCAAGACUAAGGAUAAGUAGCCAUCAAUGUGGCCGCCUAAGCACUUAUGAACUUGACAGUCUGGAAGGUGAAUGUGCACAAAAGAUGAAAGGACUUCUUAUGUAAGAGGAACAUGACAUCUCCUGGGAAGGCUUUCAAGAGAAGGAGCUAGUGGACUGUAUAAGCAUCAGCAACAGCUUUUGGGAUAACAACCAGUCCUAAGGACCUGUGACAGGAAGCACCUUCACUUCACUUUGGCUCCACCCAUUAGAUCUUUUUGGUGCCUCUCUACCAGCUGCUGGAGGUCAGAAAAUCACCAGACAUGUCCAUAGCACUCAAGCAAGUCUUUAAUAAGGACAAGACCUUCCGUCCCAAAAGGAAAUUUGAACCUGGGACUCAGAGGUUUGAGCUCCAUAAACGAGCACAGGCCUCUCUGAACUCAGGGGUGGACCUGAAAGCAGCUGUACAGCUGCCGAAUGGAGAAGACCAAAAUGACUGGGUAGCAGUACAUGUGGUUGACUUCUUUAACAGGAUCAACCUCAUCUAUGGAACGAUCUGUGAGUUCUGCACAGAGAGGACCUGCCCUGUGAUGUCUGGGGGCCCUAAGUAUGAGUACAGGUGGCAGGAUGACCUGAGGUACAAGAAGCCCACAGCGUUACCAGCACCUCAAUAUAUGAACCUUCUCAUGGACUGGAUUGAGGUGCAAAUCAACAAUGAGGACAUAUUCCCUACUAGUGUGGGUGUUCCCUUUCCAAAGAACUUCCUUCAGAUCUGCAAGAAGAUCCUGUGCAGGCUUUUCCGGGUAUUCGUUCACGUCUACAUUCAUCAUUUUGACCGCAUCAUCAUCAUGGGUGCUGAGGCCCAUGUCAAUACUUGUUACAAGCACUUUUAUUACUUUGUAACAGAGCUCAACCUCAUAGACCGCAAGGAGCUUGAACCUUUGAAGGAGAUGACAACCAGGAUGUGUCACUAAAGAGCCACCCAUUGAACAUGAGAGAAAUCCAAUUUCCUCCUUCCUGCAGAGCUAGAGGAUGUGAUCACCUUCGCAGACUGAACCUGCCUGUUAAAUCCCACUAGCAGGAAAGUUGAGGACAGAAGGUUACUUUCACAGAUGCUUCCCACCAUUAUCUAUGCUCUUAACCCUAUAAUGCUGCUAGAAACUUCCUAUGAGUGACAUGGAUUACCAAGAGAGAGCAUUAACUUCGUUUUUUAAAUUGCUGAAUUAUUGAGGAGGAACUCUUAAGUCACAAACGAUGAUAGUCCAUGUUCCUACUGUUCAAGCUUUACUGGAAAUCAGGUUUCUAGGUUGACCUGUGCAUUUUUAAUUUGGACAAGAACAUGGUAAUUAGUUAAAAAUGUUUUUCUGUAUGUACUUUGCUUUCCAGGUAUGGCAUAAUAUUAAGAAGAAUCCCAGCAAGGUUUUCUAAUUGAACUUUGUGUCCCUUCACACCACCCAAAAUGUGUUGGUAAAGCUUCCCCAAUACCAGAUGCCUCAGCAUCUGUAGGAAUGAAACUGUUUUCUCCAGAUCAGGCAGGAUGGAAUUUGAUUGGAGUUUUUUUGAUUGGGUUUUUUUGCCUUUUUUUUUCCAUUUUGACUCUUGAUCAGAUAACAGCAGGGCAGAUUCACACCUCUGUAGAAAUCCAAAGUAACCUCAGUGGACUCACUCUAGGAUUUACAGUCCCCUUCAUUUUUCCCUGCCCUAUUUUUAUUCCUCCCUACCCCCACCACCACCACCCCCCUCCACACACAUGCACACGCUUCUGUCUUUCAAGGUGAGGAUGUCCCUCAUAUGGUGUAAAUUUAAGAUGAUCAUUGGUAUGAAGGUUACAUCAGGGCCACAGGGUAUGACAUUACUAGAAAAGUCCAGUAUGUCAUUUUCAGUGUACAGUCUGAUUUUAAACCACUGAUAACAACAUCUCAUUCACUUAGGUAACACGUGACUGCUGCCACAGGGCUCUUUCUAAAUAUUUGAAAUAGUUUCUACUGAAGGAGGGUCUCCAGGGACAGAGUUGAACAAAUGGAAAACAAGUAGUAUAGUCCCAUGUAUUCUGUGCCUUCUAAGGAAUUUCGCAUAGCCCUUUUAUUGUAUAAUAAAGAUAAUACUUUCCUGGACAGUUCUUGAACCUGUUCCCUGAUAUCCAUCUAUUCCCAAUCCACCUGAAUGAUUUUAACAGUCUUUACUUCUGAGAUCAUAUUGGGAAUGAAUUUCACAGUGAUGGGGUACCAGCAAUGAGUUGUGCUAAACUGAAAUGUAGCUGUCAGUAAAGAAGAACAGCAAGUAUAUGUGAGCUUACUGUAUUUUCUCACAUACACCAUGCCCCAAAAUAAAGCAUGCACCUUGUAUUUGACAGAAAGAAUGUAGGGGAAAAAAAGAUUUUUCCGGAGUCAUGGCCAACGGCAUGACAUAGAGUUAAAAGUCUUCCCAGGUAACAUGGCUUCAGGACCUUCCAGAUGUGGUACAGUUUCCUGCAGUGCCACACUUCCUGGAUACUGUGGCUAGGGACAGACAUUCAAAAUACCUGAGCCUGAAUUGAUUCAGUCUUCGCAGGUUAGUCUAACCUGGCUAAGCUGAACUGGUUUGUAAACAUCUCAGACAUGCAGGCACAUGCCUGCAGUGGCACAGGCUAGAAGCUAGGGGGCAUUACAGCAGCCCUCCCAUCCCUUCCACAGCACUGAGUGAUGGGGGGGUGUGGCCAAACCCUGGCAGGAUGCUCUGAUUAGCCUAGCAGGGAAUUGAUAACAGUGUCUAUUACCCCUAACUCAGUGUUUAUCACCCCAUUAAGAAAACAACAGAGGAAUAUUACCAGCUACCUCUAGAUUCUGCCUGUUGAUUCUACCUGUGGAUUCAGCAAGGACCAUAGCCAGCAUGUGGUCUGCUAGCUAAUAACCAGACAGCUCCUCAGCAAGGCAAAGGGGAGGGAGGAAUUCCUGCUUAGCAGGGAGUGGUGGGGGGAAAGGAGAGCAGCCUGCAAUCUGUGCUGGAGCUACAGCCAGGGAGCAGAGGGGAGGGGCCAGCUCUGCUGUGGACCAGACACCCCCGCCCAGCCCAAAGAGCAUGUCCGGAUGCUGGGGAGUCGUAUUUAUCGUAAACCAGCAAGGGUCUGGGGCAGACAUCGCAUAAAUCGGUUUGACCCAAAUCAGUUAAGUCUGAUACUUCAUUCAACCAGGUUUAUCGCAAACUUGGGUUUUUUGCCAUUUUCAAACUGGUUUAUGUGCACUGAACAUCUGUUCUGUUACAGAUUUAAACCAGUUUCUGAUCACUUAAACUGUUUUAUGUGUAAUGGCUGUCCCUAGCCUGUGUGUUCCCAGGAGGAUUUACUCUGUGUCAUACAAGGUUAGGUCCCACACUCUUGAAUAGGGCUAUAGCUCUGAGAGGGGUAACUUAGGACUCUACCCCUUGUGCCUGCUUGUUAGGCAGGCACAAGCAGCAGUCAUCUUGGUAGCUGUGUGGUAUGCAUGGUGCUCCCUGCCCAGUGAAGACAGCAACUUCCCCACUUAAAGCAUUCACCUCAAUUGUGGGGGGAAAAUGUGUGUUCUGUAUGUGAUAAAAUGCAGUACAUAGUGUCUUGCUUAAUUGAACAAGCAUGCAGCAGAGGUGCAGAAAGCAAUGAUUUGCCUCCCUCCAGGGACUAAGGGCUUGAUUUAUGAAGUGUUCAGCGUUACUGGAUUGGAAACUUUUCUGUGGCUUUAGAAUUAUGGAAAUAGCAUUAACCUUUGCCUUCAAGGGAGGUUCAACUUGCAGGUUAAUGUACAGGACUAAAGAAGUGCUCCUACCUCUUUCACUGCUCUUUGCAAUCAGGUUUGCUCUUUGGAAAGCACACAAAAUCCUGAACAUUCAUUUGGUUGAGGGCUGCACAGUGCUGAAUUGACUAGUAGAACUCAUUAACAUAAGACAGAGGUGUCAAACAUCUGGCCCACAGUGCUUCUGGCCAGAGGUGCCAGCAGCAAAGAAGUUAAAAAUGCCACCACUAAACCCCAUCACCUGUACUCAACCGUGGUGCAGCAGCACUAUAUCAGCACAGCUAGUCCCUAGGGGGUGAAGGCUGACAGUGAAUUUACUGGUGUUGAUAGCUCCUGUUGACUAAAAUUAGUGGUAGUUAGCAAUGGGGGUUGAGCAGUAGUGGUUUGAAUUUCUUGGCUGGGGGCCAUGGUGAGAACCCAUGAAGAUUAGAUCCAGAGUUGUCUGGUUCAUGAGAAAUCCUAUGGUCCAGGACCAGCCCACCAACUCAUUUGCGUUUGACACCUCUACCAAAAGGUAUCAAUAAAGCCAACAGUUUUAAUGAGCUUGUAACAGAAGUGGGUGUUCAUAAGGUUAGGCAGAAGGUUAAACAGACACAGUAUAGAUGCUAAUUACCUGGAGUUAAGGAAGAGCUUCUUUUAUAGUCAGAUUAUUCCUUAAUUGCCCAUUAGAGGGGAUUUCCUACAUUUAUUAGAACUCUGGUUCUGGCCUCUAUGGCUAGGGACAGACAUUCAAAAAGCCUGAGCCAGAAUUGAUUAAGUCUUUGCAGGUUAGUCUAACUGCUAAAUCAGUUUGUAACUGCAUGGGCAUCCUAAACAUGCAGGCACAUGCCUGCAGUAGCUCAGGGUAGAAGCCGGGUGGUACUAGAGCAGCCUUCCCUUCCCUUCAGCAGUGCUGAGCUGAGGAGGCGUGGCCAGGCCCAGCAGGACGCUCUGAUUAUGGAUUAGGGAGGGGUCCCCCCCACCACCAGCCCAGCAGGGAAUUGAUGACACAGUGUUUAUCACCCCUAACUCAGUGUUUAUCACCCCAUUAAGAAAACAACAAAGAGACAUUCCCAGCUGCCUGCUGAUUCUGCCUUUGUCCUGUCUGCCAUUGCACAGACUGUAGCCAGCAUGUGGUCUGCUAGUCAAUACACAGACUGGUAAGGGGCAAGGCAGAGGGGAAGGGAGGGGGGAAUUCCUGCUUAGCAGGGAGUGGUGAGGAGGUUGGGGGGAGCAGCCUGCAGUCUGUGCUGGAGCUGAAGAGGAGGGGCCAGCCCUGCUGUGAAGCAGACCCCACCCAGCCCAGGAUGCUGGAGGAGUCUGGUUUAACUUAAACCAGCAAGGGACAGACAUUGCCUAAACCGAUUUGACCCAAAUCAGUUAAGUCUGAUACAGCAUUCAAGCAGAUUUAUCUCAAACUGGUUUCAUUCAUUUUCAAAGUGGUUUAUGUGCAUUGAACAUCUGUUCUGUUACAGGUUUAAACCAGUUUCUGAUCACUUAAACCACUUUGUGUAAUGUCUGUCCAUAGCAGAUCAGAGAUAGUGUCUGUCUCAUGUGGCAAGUUCUAGGCUCUUAAAAUUCCCCAUUUGUAAGGGUUAAGAUAAGUAGCAACUCACAACCAGUAAUUUCCACAGCUGUGAAGUAUUGCAAUACAAGUGCAGUAUAAGUCUAUUAUAAAGUAGAUGGAAUGUUUAUGCAGAAAAUCAAACUAUUGCUAGAUAAAAUCAAAGAGCCUAAUAUUUAAUAUACAAAAUCAUUUUUGUUCUAGGUUUCACGAAAGCCACUUACUCUAUAUACUGUUUGGGUCUAAUGAACAUUGUGCAAUUCUAAAAUGUGCAGGAAUUAAUUCCCAGUUAUUCUGAAUACUGUUUUUGUGUAACUUUAUUAUGAUUGUAAUAAUUUCACUGUAUUUGCAAAACUGUUUGGAGGGCAGGAUGUGUGUGCAGGCAUGCAUGUGUAGUUUUAAACUGUGUUUCAGUUCAGUUUUAAUAAUUUUUGAGCUCCCUAAUGGGCUCUUUGUUACAGUGCAUAAGAUGGAGCAAAGGAGGGGCUAUGUGUUGCAGUGAGAGAACCUCAAAACAUUAGAGGUAGCUCAGUCAAAAUUCCCCUGGAAUGGCAUUUGGAGAGCUCGUUCUAGAACAAAAGCAGCCACGGGUAUUGAAAGGUGUUAUAUGUGCUUGCUUUUUGCAUUGGCAUUUAAGGACAUUGGAUGGAGUCCUGCCCUUGACCCAUUCUGCUUGGCACGUAAGCCCUGAUACUAACAUUGUUUUUUCCUGUGAGCUGAGGAACAUAAGGAUAGGUAUUGUGCCUGGCCUCUGUGCAUAGGCACAUGAAGUAGGGAAAGGGUCCAAGUGUUUCCUUCCCUAUUGCAUUCAUGUGUCAAAACCUAUCAGGCAAUAACACCAUCUAUAACAUAGGCAUCUCAUCUUUGCAUCACCAAGUUUGUGAUUACAGAGAGUUCAUGCAGAAUCCCCAACCCCCCAGAGCUUGCAGUCCUAGGCAAUAAUGACGUGAAUGCUCCUGCAUUACUGCACUGAAAGUACCAUAUGCAAGCGUUGGGCUUUGGCAGAUUAUUUCCCAACAAUGUGUAAAAUACUCCUAUAUCUUACUGCAGCUAAGUGCAGUGGCCUUAUACUAAAUAGUGUGACAUGACUCAGGGCUAGCUUAUACUACAGUGUUUUGCUGACAAAACCUUGAAUUCAUCUACGCUCUGUGGUGGUAGGAAUCUCCUCUGGUCCUGACAGGAACAUCACAUCUGUCACAUGGAAGAAAGGUUCUGCCAGCUGCUGCAAUGGAGCCACAAGGAGCUGUCAGAAGCACAUGGACAGGUACAGGCUGUGGUGGCUGAAGACUGGUGGCUAUUGUCUACUACCAGAACUUCUGCUAGCAGAGCCAUGUCAAUGUAGACAAGGCCUCAUUUCACCCAGCUGUGCUCCCAGAGCCAGGCUUUAACCCCUGCCCUCUGACAAUUUAUCUCCAGUAGCUUGCUUUUUGUUCCUUCCAUUCCUUCCAUAAAGAAAGAGAAGCAGAGGGUGGGAUGGAGGUGCCUUUAAGGAUUGCAAAAUAGGAUCUGAUAUGCAUAAAAUAGGAAUAUUGAGGCUGCCAACUCAGUGCUUUAGGAAGAGGAUUAUAGCAGGGGAUGCACAGCAUCAGCAAGCUGUCAGCAGUGGGUCAGUGUGUGGAUUGGAAGACUUUGAAAGAUUCAAACUAGGUUUCUUCUAUCAGUUCUGACAGCAAAAAUAAACCAGGAACGGCCCCUACAUCAGUAAUAACAGGCUUCUGGUGUUGCUCAUUUCAACUUGAAGUCAUCAAAUCUGAACUUUUAUUUGCUCUUUAUAAACGAGAGGAAGGUAAUGCUGUUGAGGGAGCCAAACAAUGUUGAAGCUUUCAAAGGGGAUAAUUUUUAUUUUCUAUUUAACAGAUUUUUGCUUUUUUAAUGGCUAUAUUAUAAUAAUGUCUUACAACAGAAUAUUCUCCCAAGUCAAAUGAUGAAUUAGUCUUUUGAGCUUUUGUGCAUAGUUUAUCCCCCUCAAAAAUAGAAUGAGAGGGGGGUUUUGUUUGUUUUUCCUAAUUUUAGAGGAAAAGGUUGUUUUGAACUAAAUACAAAAGUUUGAGCCCCCUUUUCUCUUCCAUGCAUCAGUGCUGUUCAUUAGUUUUCAGUGAUGUCAGAAAAUGUGUUUUUAGACUAUUUUAGUUCUGUUUGUGAUUCAAAGAAGAGUUCAGUUGAAUGAAAAGAGAGACUGUCACUAAUUACUAAAGUCAUAAAACAAAAGCAGGAUAAAAUGAAUGACUACUUGGGAAAUCAAUCCUAGAUUAUGGACUUAAAGAAUUCAGAUAUUACAAAUAAAAGAUACAUAACCUUC